CCAUAGGAAGUCGCGGUCAAUAGUUUCCUUAAUGGAGAAGUUUGGGGCUCUAUCUAUAUAAGGUCUUGUUCUUGUUUGUUUUCCCAUAAGAAAUCGUGGGAUCUGCUAUUUUCUUGGCUCUUGGAGAAGACAGAAAAUAAAAUUGCCAAUAUGAAGCAAAAGAUUGUGAUGAAGGUGCAGAUGAAUUGCCAGAAAUGUCAGAGAAAGGCACUGCAGGUUGCAGCUGAAGCAAAUGGGGUGAACUUUGUGGGCUUGGGAGCGCAGAAAGAUAGCGUGGAGGUGAUUGGGGAUGGAGUUGAUGCUACAAAGCUGGUUAAUACUAUGAGGAAGAAGGUUGGGCACACCGAUCUCGUCAGUGUGCAAGCUGUGAAAUGAAAACAAGAUGACAGAGAGAGAGAGAGAGAGAGAGAGAGAGGUAGAUAGAGAGAGAGAGAGAUAUUAAUAUUAUGUAGACUUCGGCUUUAUAAAUAAAAAGAGUUUCUCGAAGAUUUAUUUA